CCCCCUUCCUGGCCCCCCACAAUCCGAGGAUCCGAAUCCCCGACGCAACCCUUGCGUGGUGGCGUCACCACCCAAAUCCCACCAUCCGGAUCUGCCGAUCCGCCGCCGCCAUGUCCCGCUCGGAGCGCCGCCUCGCCUCGGCCGUGGUGCGCCUUCCCGGCCGCUCCAGGGUCUCCGCCUCGCCAUCCCCGCGCCGCCGCUCCCAGUCCCCAUCCCCGCGCCGCGACCGCCGCCGCCGCGACCGCUCCCCGAUCCCUUACCGCGAUCGCUCCCCAAGUCCAUAUCGAGCCCGUCGCCGUGACCGCUCCCCGAGCCCUUACCGCGAUCGCCGCGACCGCUCCCCGAGCCCUUAUCGCGAUCGCCGCCGCCAGUGGUCACCCUACCACAACGACCGCGGCCGGGACCGUGACCGGGUCCUGCCCGUCCGUAGCGGCGGGGGCGCCUGGUCCGAUGACGACGACGACGACAAGGAACUCCAGGGCCUCAGCUACUUCGAGUACCGCCGCCUCAAGCGCCAGAAGCUUCGCAAGAGCAAGAAAAGGUGCAUCUGGAACAUCACGCCCAGCCCGCCCCGUGUUGAAGGCGACGAGGAGAACUACGGCUACAGCGACGUGGAAGAGGAGAAGGUAUCUCCGAAGGCCUCGCCGGAGGCUAGCGAGGAGGAGAGCAAGGAUGCGUCGGAGUCAGAAUCCGGUGAGUCUGAUAGCCUCUCCGAGUCCAGCGGAUCGGAAGCUUCUAUGAGGAAGAAGAAAGGGAGGAAUAAAAGUCGCCGUAGUAGCAAGCGCAGCCGGCAGCGCCACCGCCACCGCUCAUACAGUUCGGAGAUUGAGGACGAAAGCAAGAGCGACGAUGAUUCUGUGGGCUCUUAUGAUUCGGAGGAGUCUAGGGAUAGGAGCAAAAAGAGGUCGCGCAGGCAUAAUAGAUCUAAGAAGAGGAGCAGGAGCUCCAGGAGGAAGAAGAGGAGGAGCCAGGAUACAGCAUCGGAGCAAAGCUCUGAGGAGGAAGAGGAGGAGGAUAGUAAGAAAAAGAAUAAGGGCUUGAAGAGGAAGCGGAGCAAGCGAUCUGAUUCUGAAGAAUCGGUCCCUUCUGAUGCCACUCCUGAUGAUGUAAAAGAAAUUGAAGAAACUAAAGUGCCAGAAAUUGAUCCAGAAGCAAUCAAGUUCAAGGAAAUCCUUGAGGCCCAGAAGAAGGCUUCCUUGGAGAACGAUAUGCCUGUUGGUCCAAUGCCACUUCCACGCGCAGAAGGGCAUAUUAGUUAUGGUGGUGCACUUAGGCCUGGAGAAGGUGACGCAAUUGCACAGUAUGUUCAGCAAGGGAAGCGUAUCCCACGGCGUGGUGAGGUUGGUCUGUCUGCAGAAGAGAUUCAGAAGUUUGAGGAUCUGGGGUAUGUGAUGAGUGGGAGUAGGCACCAGAGGAUGAAUGCUAUCCGUAUCAGGAAGGAAAAUCAGGUUUAUAGUGCUGAGGAUAAGAGAGCAUUGGCCAUGUUUAACUACGAGGAGAAGUCAAAGCGGGAGCACAAGGUUAUGGCUGACUUGCAGCGCUUGGUGCAGAGAACCAUUGGCCAUGAUGUGGGACCUUCACAUGAUCCAUUUGCUACUACAGAUGGUUGAGUAAUGAUUUCUUGUUCAACUAGUCACCUGUAUCAGGUGUGCUUUACCUGUUUGUGUUUCCUUCCCUACAUUGUAAUUAGUGUUUUUGAACUUGCCUAGUUAUGCCGCAAAUUGCUUAUGACAUUUUGCAUGUGAACCAUAGUAAAAAAGAGCAUAUUAUUAGCUUGUAUCUUGUAUGUGCAAUAUUUUUUGUUAUGAUGGGUUAUAUGUGCUU